CCUUUGUUUUAUGAGGUGAUAUUUUUUUCCUUCCACAUCAACUAACUGUGCAUAACCUUAGAAUGUCUGAAAUUGCAGGUCAAAGUCGCCACAUGAAAGCACUGCGAAGUAUGUGAGCCAUGUAUGUUAGAAAGUAUUUUUUAAAAGCUGCCAAUUAAGGUGACUAAACCCAUUGACAUCAGGAAAGGAAUCUUCCAGAAGGGUGUGAUUCUUAAAGUGUGGUUGCAUCAGAGAAGAAAGAGGCGAAGGAAUGGAUGUCUGGGUCUGGAAGUUGCGAGCCAGGAGAACUCUGGCUUCCUUCAAACUUCCUUCAAACAAGCCAUCUGGAAUAUUUAUAGUUUUAUUUGAGUAGUAGUGUCGGGUGUCGCAUUUUGUGUUCCUUUACUGACGUUGCCAUUGGGUGGGACACACCCCACCCAGCCUCGUUUAGGCAAUGCUUUUUCUUUUUUUUUCCUGAGAGACUAGUCUCAGAUUUUCCCUAUCUUCUCCACACACUUGGAGGCAAGGAGAGAUGUAUGUGUCAGAGGUAACAAGUCCAGGGGAACAGCGGGAGAUGAAGGGAAGAAAGCCACCCCUCUGCGAAAUGCCAGAGGGCUCUUGGCUGGACGCCCGGAGCCUGCGCAGCACCUCACGUGAUUCACGUGACUCACGCGCUGACUGCUGGGAGUCCGUGGAGACUGCGCACUCGAGUGCGGGAACCCACUCUUGCCUCCAGAAUAUGAUGACAAGUCACAUUUUAAAACCUGAUACUCGAAAUUGCAAGAGACCGAGAGAACUGGAGCCUCAAAUGCCAGAUAGUCCGCAACUGUCCUCUCUCGGAAAGUCAGAUUCCUCUCUCUUGGAAAGCUCUGGACUGUUUUAUAAAGAUGAAUCCCUGGAGAAGGAUUUGAAUGUUUUGAAAAGAUACAUGGAGGGUACCGAUCAGAAAAAGGCAGCGGUCGGUAAGCGAGAGGGGCUUCCGUGUAUUGCACCACUGCUAACCACGGUGGAGGAGACGCCACAGGUGGUCUCUGCUCAAGUCCGAGGACAUUUUCCCAAGUGGCUCAGUGGCAGUCUACUUCGAAUUGGGCCUGGGAAAUUCGAGUUUGGGAAGGACAAGUACAAUCACUGGUUUGAUGGAAUGGCUUUGCUUCACCAGUUCAAGAUGGAGAAGGGCAUGGUGACCUAUAGAAGCAAGUUCCUGCAGAGUGAUACAUAUAAGACCAAUAGUGUUCAUGACCGAAUUGUGAUCUCAGAAUUUGGCACGCUGGCUCUCCCUGAUCCGUGCAAGAAUGUUUUUGAACGUUUCAUGUCAAAGUUUGAGCUGCCUGCAAUAACUGACAAUACCAGUGUCAACUAUGUGCGGUACAAGGGUGACUACUAUGUUAGCACUGAGACCAACUUUAUGAAUAAAGUGGACAUUGAAACUCUGGAAAAAACAGAAAAGGUAGACUGGAGCAAAUUUAUUGCUGUGAAUGGAGCAACUGCACAUCCUCAUUAUGACCCAGAUGGAACAGCAUACAACAUGGGGAACUCAUAUGGGCUGCAUGGUUCUUGCUAUAAUGUUAUUCGGGUUCCUCCAGAGAGGGUGGAUCUUGGGGAGACACUCCACGGAGCCCAGGUGAUAUGCUCUAUUGCCUCCGCAAAGAGGAUGAAACCUUCUUACUACCAUAGCUUUGGAAUGACAAGGAACUAUAUAAUCUUCAUUGAACAGCCUCUAAAGAUGAAUCUGUGGAAAAUUAUCACUUCUAGAAUUCGGGGAAUGGCCUUUUCAGAUGGAAUAAGCUGGGAACCCCAGUAUAAUACACGGUUUCAUGUGGUGGAUAAGAACACUGGACAGCUGCUUCCAGGAAUGUACUACAGUAAACCUUUUGUUACUUUUCAUCAAAUCAAUGCCUUUGAGGACCAGGGCUGUGUUGUACUUGAUUUGUGCUGUCAAGAUGAUGGAAGAAGCCUGGAAGCUUACCGACUACAGAAUCUUAGGAAAGCUGGGGCAGGGCUUGAUCAGGUCUAUAAUUCAGUAGGCAGAUCUUUCCCUCGGCGGUUUGUUUUGCCCUUACAUGUCAGUUUGAAUGACCCUGAAGGAGAGAACCUCAGCCCAUUGUCCUAUUCUUCAGCUACUGCUGUGAAACAAGCUGAUGGAAAGAUUUGGUGCUCUUAUGAAAAUCUACAUCCUGAGGAUCUGGAGGAGGAAGGAGGUGUUGAAUUUCCCCAGAUCAACUAUGGCCAAUUCAGUGGCAAAAAGUAUCGUUUCUUCUAUGGCUGCGGCUUUCGGCAUUUAGUGGGGGAUUCUCUGAUCAAGCUUGAUGUGGUGAAUAAGACACUGAUGAUUUGGAGAGAAGAUGGCUUUUACCCUUCGGAACCUGUGUUUGUUCCCGCACCAGGAGCCAGUGAAGAAGAUGGUGGGGUUAUUCUCUCUGUGGUGAUCACCCCUGACCAGAAUGAAAACAAUUUUCUCCUGGUCUUGGAUGCCAAGAACUUUGAAGAGCUGGGCCGAGCAGAAGUGCCUGUGCGAAUGCCUUAUGGGUUCCACGGUACCUUUGUAACAGUCUGAUGGAACAACUCGGAACACUGGAAACUAGCUUUAAACGGCACCUUCCCUUCCAAACCAUAGACACCCGGUUUUAAAAUUUCUAUUAAAAACAGAAUUCUUGUGGGACGCCUGGGUGGCUCAGUGCGUUAAGUCUCUGCCUUUGG